AUAUUUAUGGUAUAUUCUUACUACAUUCUUUCAGAUCCGCGAUGUUAUCGUCAAACGAGAUUCUUAAAAAGACACAAAAAGGUCUGCUUUUUGCAACACCUGACCAUGGCUGUUUUGUUAAUGUUCGUUAUGAUGAUCCCAGCAAAGUUCUUAAGCUGAAAGAUGAUGUCAUUAGAAAGUGCAGAGAGCUGUUAGACUACGCCAAUAAAUUUGAUGUAUCUCAUCCAGAAGCUCGCACACGUAUCACCGUCGGUUUUAAUCCUGCGCAUUGGAAAAUGUGGUUUCCAGAAAUUAAAGACCUGGAGCAACGCCCUGAAAAAUACCUAAUUGAUACUUCAACCAAGUUCCUCGAAACUGGUGGCGACGUCUUCUUCUUCAUUAAGUCCGAAGACAAAAGCAAUGUUGAUGAAAUUGCCCAUCUACUGCUUGAGAAGUUAAAGGAUCUUAAGCAACACGCCGACGUCUCUUUUUCAUCACCCUCGGGAAAACGUAUCCUGCAAAGAAAUUUCAGAGAUGGUCUUGUCAAUGCAGCCGAUGCGGAGACGUUGCGUUCGUAUACCAUCAUUCCUGAUAACAUGACAACAGGAAAGCCUGGAUCCAGCUACAUGAUGACACAGAAGUUCGAGUUGGAUUGGUUAGUUCUCGGAAAUAUGUGGAAUUCUGAAAAAGAAGAUAUGAUUGGUCGACGAGUAAUGACGGAUUCCUUUAUCCCAAGUGUUAACAAGCGUGCGCAUACUUUCCGAGCCCAUUUUAAUCCUGAGAAAUCUCCUCAAAACAUGCUCAACAAGCAUCGAAUCAUGUUCCGACAAUCACUUCCAUAUGGAACAUCUGCUACAGGAAAAGGGAGAGAAGAGGGAAUAUUUUAUCUUUCCUUCGCUAACACAACAAAUUCCUUCAGGGACGUUUUGGAAAGUCUUGUUGGAAAUGAUGAUGUCGCUGGAGCUGGCGAGGUUACUGUCGAUCUGCUGUUAAACACCGUCAAGCCGCUGGAAGGAACCUGGUGGUAUGUCCCGUCAGCUGAAGAACUUGGAGUGAGUAUUUCGUCAAGUGGAAAUUUCGAAGUGAAUGAAUAUUGGAACAUCAGCAACCCAAAUAAUCCAUACCUUUUCUACAACGAGAAGGAAUAUCUGUAUCGAAUGACCUCCGGAGGUUAUGUUGAUUUAUCCGAAGUUCCGACUUCUCGAGUUUUACGCCUCCUUGGAUAUGCAUUUCGUCAGUGGAAUGACCAGUGGUUUCGAGAACGAGACGUACCGCCAAUAAAGCAUUUGGAAAACUACUUGAAACCGCAGCGAGUCGAGAAGGUGAUGAAUCAAUCCGUCCUCAUCCGCAAAGCAAAGUCCAUCAAGAUCUGUUUGUCAAAGGUUUUUACCAGUAACCGAGUAAAAGAUAUGGAUGACAGUGAAUUUUAUGGCAAUAAAGCAGAUCUUUUCAAUAUUCAUCCUGAUGAAAUGAUCGUUGGAAGAAUGCCCAACUUUGGUCUUGGUAUUGGAAAGGUCGCAAUGCCGUAUCUCAAGGAAGGUAAUGAAAAAAUGGAUGCAUUUAUGAAAGGUCUUAGUGAAACAUCGGCCACAGGUCACGUUAUUCCGAACAUCGACACCAUUUUGCAGAAAGGUGUGAGCGGAUAUAUCAUGGAGUUGGUCGACAAAAAAGGAUCAGGUAAGAAACUGGUUUACUUAAUAUAGACCUAUAUAGACCAGUAUGAAGCAAGCUUGAUUCACGUUAUUGCCUCGCUUGAGAACGAGGGCAUGUUUAUAUUUGUAUAUUGUAUUUAUUUAUACUGUAGUUGUAACAUAUACUUUGUUAAUGAGUUUGGCAAACUUACUAACAUUUCUGUAUUCGAGUGAAAGCAUACAUUUCUAAACAUUAUUUUCUUCUUGAAAGUACUUACCUUUCUUCAUUUAAACAACCCUUAGGCAGCAAUAGUCACACCCGAAACUGCUUCGAACAUUUUUACUGUUGGCGUGAUUAUGAGUCAUGAAAAUGAUGUAAACAAGACGCCGACUCGGCGUUAACCUCGGGUCGGUGGAUAGGGGAUCGUCUGGUAAAUAUCAAAAAAUUGUGUAAAUCACGAUAGUUUAAUAGUUCACUAGUAUAAAUGGUGAAUCAGUUAAUCAAAGCUCCGUUUUAAUAUUUUAUUGAUAAUAAUUACUGACCCUCAUCAAACCUAUUGUUUUCUCUCUGCAUUAUAUCAGCGAAUGUCGAGAAGUUUUCAUUUAACGUUCUACUGAAAAACGGGAGCGGCCUUUUUGAUUGUAUAGGGAAAUUCCGGCUCAGGGGUAAAUGUUUAUACGCGUCAUAUUCUAUGUACGCGUUAAAAUAGCACACAACAUUAUUAAAAAUAAUGCAGCGUGCAUCAGUGCACACAGCAAUAAUGCAUCUUCGUCACCCUGACAUGUACACGCGAUAACGUGAACAUCCCAAGAUGAGAAGGUGACAGUGCUAAAGGCCCCCCAUACGGUGUCGUCGGGUGCCUGAAGCACUGUUGGAAACGACCGCUAUGAGUCUUUUCAGUUCAAUUUUAUAGAGAAAUAGUUUCGUUUGCGCUUGUGGGAUUUUAUCCUAGAUAUACGCAUGUGCAGAAUACACCAUAAGUUCUAUUCCCGUGUUUAUCCAAUACGCUAUUUGAGUAAACCUUAUCAUUAAUGAUAAUAUGUAAACUAGAACACUAUAGUUGACCUCCGCUUGUGUAGAUUUUAAUUUAGGGCGAUUAAUUAAACUGAAAUCUGUUCUAUCACAAUGCACUACAGUGCCUAUGGUUAUGUCUAUAUGCAUGUCCUCACAAAUGUCUAGUGUAACGUUGGAUAGGUUCAUUGUCAUACGGUCCCGACAAGCAGCAACGUACAGUAUCUUCCAGCCGAAAAUAAUUACUUUUGAUUCGGGUCAGUAAUUAUAAUAGAUAACAAGUGAAAGUUGGCCGCGGUAUUCCCAUGCUAUGCAUACGAAGUAUUGUGCAUUAUAUCAACAUAUACUCGAGAAUAGUUAUCCAGCUAAACAUGUAUGUCAAAAUUAUCACAUCUUCUGGUUUUAAAUCAAUAAUUCUGACGGAUUUUGUGCAAGGACAGCUUCGGGUUCCGUUUCGCUUUGGCCGAUGCUUGCCGGAAGUACACUUAUUUACCGGAAGUUGUCGUCUCCUCCACAGGCCCUUCGAUCUUCGACUACGCGCGCGGCUCGACACAAAUGGAAAAAAAAACAACAAAAAAAACAAGAAAAAAAAAAUAGGAGCCGAAUUUAAGACCUCGGUGUCGUACCGACCCGAGGUAAUAACGUAGCAGUUUAAAGAACAACGCCAUACUAGAAUGCUCAAGAGAAUACAAUUAAAAGCUGCCUUUGUCUUAUAUUAAAAAUGCUAUUGUUGAUGAGCGGUCUUCAUCGACGUUGCCGUUGUAUUUCUCAUACUUAUUAAUAAUUAUAUAUAAUCUGGACGGCUAUAGACAACUAAUAAUUUGAAGAUCUCUGCAUGUAUGGCAACUGACAACACGCCUAGCCCAUGUAAUUAUCACCAAGUGACUAUAAUUUUUAUUUGACUUACCAAUGUCUUUUGUUUGUGUUCCUAGGAGUCGUUGAAAAAGAAUUUAUCACAUCAUGCAUCAUAUCCCUCAAAGGUGUCAGAAAUUAUCUGUUGAAUUACGCAGCCCUCGCACGUCACCUUGCUGAAACGCAGCCAGAGAAACGAAAUCCGCGAGAAUAUCCCUUCACCGACGCACAAAGAGAAAAUCUGAUACGAAUUGCCGAUCGUAUGGAUUCUCUUGCCACUAAAAAGCCGCAAAGUUUUGUCGAUGCGGCUCAACUUGUCUUUACUGUUCACUGCUGCCUUCAUUUGAUUGGUGACCCCACAUCCAUUGGACGACUUGAUCAGUUGCUGGAACCAUUCCUUGGUGCAACCCCUGAAGAUGAAGCCCAGGAAAUCAUUGAUUGUUUCUUUGUAAAACUGGGAGAGCGUGUCAAAAUGAACAAGACCAAGUUAGUGGAUAGAAACACUUGGGGUACAUGCGCAGUUCCAUACAGAAGUGAUGGUCUAUUUCCGAAUGGUGAUACCAUAAACCAGUGGGUGCAACAGUUGACGGUUGGUGGCUACAAGAAUACUGAAACAGGCAAGGUGAGCGCGUGUAAUAAAGUUACCAUGAUGUGCCUGAAAGCUGCGAGACGCUUACCGCUCAAUGCUCCUUGUGUCAGUCUCCGAGUGCAUCAUAAUAUUGGCCAAGAAUAUCUUGACGAAGCAAGCAAAGCUAUGCUAAGUGGCGGUGCACAUCCCAUUAUCCUUCAUGAUGAUCGUCUUAUAGAAGGUCUCACAGAUGUCAUGACUGAAUUUAAGACAAACGUCUCUGAAGAUGAUCGGAAUGCCCUCACCAAUAUUGCUUGUGAUGGUUGUUACGAAGCAUUGGUUGCUGGUAGCACAGAGUUUGCUUUCACCUACCUUCCCUUGCUGCAAAUUCUUGAAAUGACAAUCAACGAAGGAGCAACCUACUCCAGUGCUGGCCCUGCUUAUCUCAAUGGUACUCCUCAAUCAUUGCCCACCAAAUCUGCUGCAGAUAUUGAAACAUUUGAAGAUGUUAAAGAGAUAUUCAAGUAAGAUCAAAAUCAUGGCGCUUUAAACUUCGUAUAAAUAAACUAGUAGAUGCAAAUAUGUAGAGCAUUACUGUGUGAAACUACUACAUUCCAGCACAUAGUGCAAGCCAUUAUAAAACCCCUACACUGACUACAGAUUUGCCUCAAGCCUGAUUGAGUAAAAUUCUCGGGAAUUGCAUUUUAAUAAGGAUUUUUGUCUGUUCUUCAUAAGGCACUAUUAAUCUAGAACCUUUUAAUUAAAUUUUAAUUUUAUUGUAUAGACAGCAUAUUGAAAUAAAAACAGAGCAAGGACUUGUUGGGCUCCUGAGCAACUAUGGCAACAUAUCGUCAGUAUGUCCUAGUCCCUUACUGUCCAGUAUCAUUGACGGCUGUGUGGAAUCAGGGCAUGACAUCACUGAUGCUGGUGCUAAAUAUAAAAUGAUUGCAUGUAUGUACAUCUCCUUCUCGAGCACUGUUGAUUCCCUGUAUGCCAUCCAGCGUCUGUGCUUCGACCAAGAUAAUGCAAUGAUUCCCUUAGCAGAAAUGGUCGAUUGUCUGAAGAACGACUGGGGCUACGACAUCCAUGAACCAACACACGACAGAGUUGAUGGGGAAGUACGAAAAAGUCGAAAAGCAGAAUUCUACAAACAAGUUCGAGAACAAGCCUUGCAAUUUCCAAAGUUUGGUACGGCAGAAGCAGCAUGUAAUUCGAAGAUCUCCGACAUUGCUAAUUUCGUGGCAGAUUGCAUUGCUAAUACCAUCAAGAAAGUUGCUAAACAUCAAGGUUCACCAUUAUACAAUCUUCUCGGUUCAUUGAAAGAGAAAUACACCAGACCUGGUCAUGAUUUCGAUCUCCUAUUGGUUCCUGGUAGUGGAACAUUUGAAGGUUAUAUUGGUUGGGGUAUGUCCUGUGGAGCGUCCGCUGAUGGUCGAAGACGAGGUGAACCUCUUGGAAGUGAUUUAAGUGCUGCACCUUUACCGCAGGAUCUUCCACCAAAUCUCACCAAGAGUACAGGUUUAAUUAAGUAAGUA